AUGUUCCAACCAAAUGAUGACCCGAUCGCCAUAUUACCUCUUUUCAAGAAAACAGCGUCAACAGAUUGGUUCGAGAAUUCCGAAAUGCAAUUUCAAUUGCGAAACGCGAUGUGUAAAACAAGAUUCUAUCACGUAAUAAUUUCCCUGCUGUUGGAUAUAGUCUCAAAUUUGUCAUUAAAAGUGCAAAGAGGAACAGAUUACUACGCUCUAAAAGCAGAGUUAUUAUCAAUGUUUAAACAAACCAAACCAGAGCAAUUCCAAGAAAAAGAACCUUUUAAAAUAAAUUCAAAUCUGAUGAAUGUAAACAAAAUUGAAGAGAGGCAGCCACCAGAAGAGUCGAAUAAAAUAAAAGUUGUCCUGAGCAAGAACGAAGAUAAAAAUGGCAUCCAACAAUCGCAACAGCAAAAUGCUGAGCAGAAUGCUACCAUCCCAUCAGCAAAUUCACACAUGGACGAUUCUCUCCUUCCAGUUCUCUCUCUUCCUUCUCCUGUUCAACAGCAGCAGCAGCAAGAUCAUCACAGAAAGAGAAAAGCAGAGCAUAGUUCAUCGUCCUCACGCACAUCUCAUUCUAGAAAUCGUUUGCAGCUGGACAGAAGGUUGCAUGAGAGGCCAGAACAAAAUUUGAACCAGCAACAAAAACGUGCAAACCAUGGUGCAAAUGGCCAAACAAAAAAAAAGUUUACAAAUUCAACCAUCAUCAAGACCUCCAUCUCCAACCCAGAUGAGAUCACCCACAAACAACAUUUCUUCACCCCAGCCGUCGGAAAACUGAUCAGGCGAGCCGAAGUCGCAUCAAUCGGCUCGCCUCUUUUUGAAAUUCAACAAAACCAGCAACAUCAGACACAAAAUCUACUGGAACACCAGAAACGGCAACAACAUCAGACGCAACAACAACACAAGAAACAAGACCGACGUCAACCACAUCUGAACCAACAACCCAACACUCCAGAAAAGGGAGGCGAAUAA